AAUUGAGUGUGAGCUCCGGUGGCAAUAGCAGCAACAGCUUAAACUUAAAUCUUAGCAGAACUUAAAGCUUGGAAAUACCCCCGAUGAGUUACGCUAACUGGAGACGACUUCUAGUCGUAACAGCCGUCGUGCUGCAGCUGCUGCUGCUGUUCAGUAGCUGUGCGCAUGGCAAUCCGACAGCUGCUUUGAGUGGCUCCAGCGAGCGCUUUGGCCUGCGCCUGGCCACGAACCUGGGUCUGGCACAGCCUCACAGCAAUGUUGCUGUCUCUCCGCUACUCCUGCAAACGGCUCUUGCUCUGCUCUUUGCUGGCAUAACGCCCAGCUCGGCGCCAACGGCUCAACAGCUGCGCGUAGCUUUGGAGCUGCAAUAUUUAGGAACGCCGGACCAGGCACUCCAACAAUUUCAGCAGCUGCUGGGGAAUCUGAAGCAGGAGGUAGCCAUUGGCUGCCAGCUGCGGCUGCUCAGCGAGUUCUACACGCAGCAGCGCUACACCUUCAGCUUUCGAGAUGAGUUCGAGGCGCGUGCCGGAACUUUGGGCAUAGGCGUGCAACGGCUAGACUUCAACAACUGGGCAAGUACAGCGCAGGAGAUUAACUAUGAUUUCCUGAAGCGCAGCAACUACAGCGUGGGUGAGCUGGUUAGCAGCCAUUUGCUGGAGUCCAGCAGCGCCUCGGACACUCCCUUUUUACAUGUCUCGGCGCUGACAUUUCGCGCACCUUGGGCCCAGGCCUUCGAUGCGCAGGAGACGCAAUGCAUCAACUUUUUCCCCGAGGGCAGCCACAACGCCAAGCUAGUGGAUGCCAUGUUCCUGCAGCAUCGCUUCCGAUAUGCGGAGCUGCCCUCGUUGGAUGCCUGCGCCGUUGAGCUGCCCUAUGCCACAGCAGGGCUCAGUUUGCUCAUAAUUUAUCCCAAUCAGCCGACAGGCUUGGCCCUGCUGGAACGCCAGCUGCAACGCAUCGAUCUGCAUCAGCUACGUCGGAUGCUCAGCGAACGCAAAAUGGCUUUAACCCUGCCCAAAUUCAGUUUGUUGGCCCACACCGAACUGCGUGCGGUUCUGGAGCAACUGGGUCUGUCCAAGCUAUUUACAUCCGAGGCUCAGCUACACAAUGUGUUCAGCUCAAUUAUAUCCAGUUCGGCACCGCAUUUGACCGCAGUGCCGCACAGCGUAUUGUUCCAAGUGGAUGAAGCAGGCGGUGAGGCGGGGCAAACGUUUGGUAAGUACAAAGUUAGUUUAGGGCUUUGGAAUUUCAUUUUUAACAGCCGAAUUUCUUGUUCUCCCCCAUCUUCAGUGGCUGCCUUCACCGACCUAUUUCGCAGCACAUUAUCCCUGGUGAUCAAUCAUCCGUUCUUCUAUGCCGUCGGCAAUGAGAAGACCCUGCUACUGGCGGGCCAUGUAGUCGACAUCUAAACUCGAGGACCAUAUU